AUGAAGCUCAAGACCGCCGCGCGCCACUUCUCGUACCGGACCGUCUUCCACACCGUCCUCAUCCUCGCCUUUCUCCUUCCCUUCGUCUUUAUUCUCACCGCCGUCAUGACCCUUGAGGGCUUCAACAAGUGCUCCUCCCUAGAUUGUCUGGGCAGACGGUUAGGACCACGUCUUCUUGGCAGGGGUGAAGAUGGCUCCAUGAGGCUUGUAAGAGAUCUGUAUAGGAUGCUUGAUGAAAUAAACUCGGAGGAAGUUCCUGUUGAUCUAAAAGUGGCAGAAUCUUUUGAUGAUUUUAUCUGGGAUACAAAGAAUAAUGAUUAUGAUUUGAAGUCAUUUGCUUUGAGGCUGAAGGCCACGAUGGAGACCAUGGAUAAGGAACUGAGAUCAUCCAGGUUAUCAGAGCAGCUAAACAAACAUUAUGCAGCAAUCGCAAUUCCUAAAGGCCUUUACUGCCUUUCAUUGCGUCUAACUGACGUAUACUCCUCAAAUGCCCUUGCGAGGAAACAACUGCCACCCCCUGAGUUGGUCCCGCGUCUUUCCGACAACUCCUAUUUCCACUUUGUUUUAGCGUCAGACAACAUCCUUGCAGCUUCGGUUGUGGUCAGAUCAACAGUUAGAUCAGCAUUGAAGCCUGAGAGGAUAGUCUUUCAUGUCAUUACUGACAAGAAGACCUAUCCUGCCAUGCAUUCAUGGUUUGCAUUGAAUCCUCUUUAUCCUGCCAUUAUUGAGGUGAAGGGUGUCCACCAAUUUGAAUGGUUGACGAAAGAAAAUGGUCCAGUUCUUGAGGCUAUAGAAAUUCAGCACAUUGCCAGAAGUCGUUACCAUGGGAAUCACCUUGCAAGAACCACUGCAGAUGACAGCCCAAGAGUUUUUGCAGCCAAGCUGCAGGCAGGAAGUCCAACAUAUACAUCUGUGCUCAAUCAUAUUCGUAUAUACUUGCCUGAGCAGUUAUUCCCAAGCCUCAGCAAGGUUGUAUUUCUUGAUGAUGAUGUUGUUGUCCAACAUGACCUGUCAUCACUUUGGGAUAUUGAUCUAGCUGGGAAGGUAAAUGGAGCUGUUGAGACCUGCAGGGGUGGAGAUAGUUGGGUGAUGUCUAAGAGGUUCAGGAAUUAUUUUAACUUCUCUCAUCCGCUCAUUGCCACCAACUUUGAUCCAUUGGAGUGUGCGUGGGCGUAUGGCAUGAACAUUUUUGACCUUGCUGCAUGGAGGAAGACAACAAUUAAAGAUAAAUACCACCAUUGGGUCAAGGAGAAUCUGAAGUCAAACUUCACGCUUUGGAGGCUUGGAACUUUGCCACCUGGCCUUAUAGCAUUUAAAGGCCAUGUUCAUCCGAUCGAUCCAUCUUGGCACCUUUUAGGUUUGGGGUAUCAGGAGAAGACGGAUAUCUCUAGUGUUCGGAAAGCAGCAGUUAUACAUUACAAUGGACAAAGUAAACCAUGGCUGGACAUUGGUUUUAAACAUCUCCAACCAUUUUGGACGAAACACGUGAACUACUCGAAUGAAUUUGUAAGGAACUGUCAUAUAAUGGAGCCUCAGUUGUAG